AUGUUCGGGCGUAGAGAUGUGAUAGGCGCGAGCGAGACAGACGACGAGCCCUUUUCAACUUCACUGUCCACGGAUGAUUUAUCGUUUCUGAACGGGGAUUGGCCGAUCCAGUACUUGAAGAUUUUUAGAUCGUUGAUCAUGCGCGGCGAGGGUGAGACCACCUCCCGCGGAGUGCUGAUGAUGAGUUAUGGGGCAAUAGGCGCAGGAAGUCGCCCACUCCUCGCUUCCAUCCCGCCCUACUUCCGAUACCAAUCGGCGGGCUUUUGCUAA